GUGACCAUCUAGAUAUCCUUAUUCUCAGCCAUUUAGUUCUCGCUUGUCUGCAUUUACAACACUCAAAACCGAAAAUGGCAAUAUUUGGUCAGGAAGAAAUAAAAGAUUACAAAACAACUCUGCAACAAGUCUUUGCCGAAUUCCUGGGCACAUUCUUGUAUUUGUCAAUAUGUUUGCUAGCUGGGACCAACGUUGAACCAAACAUUGAAGCGAUAGCGUUGGCAAAUGGUCUCCUUGUUGCUUCAGUUGUCCAAAUCAUUGGACAAAUAUCCGGAGGGCAUAUCAACCCAGCCGUUACUAUUGGUGUUUUUGCACGUGGACAUAUUAAAUUGCUCAAAGCAAUCCUCUAUAUAAUUGCCCAAAUCCUUGGCAGCCUGCUUGGAGCAUUAUUGGCAUAUGCAGUCACUCAUACCAACUUAAGACAAGAUCUUGGAGCAACUGUACCAUAUAAAGAUUUGAGAGCAGACCAAGUCUUUGGACUUGAAUUUAUUAUGACGUUUAUAUUAGUUUCUGUUGUUUUAAGUGUUUUAGAUACGAGAAGAUCUGAUAGAGGACUCGGAUCUGGCCCACUGGCUAUUGGUUUGAGUAUAACAGCUUGCCAAGUGUCUGCAUUUUUGUAUACUGGAUCAUUAAAUCCAGUACGAUCUUUGGGACCAGCAGUGGUGAUGAAUAUUUGGACCAAACAUUGGGUGUAUUGGCUUGGGCCAAUUCUUGGAGGUGCGGCUGCUGGUUUAAUUUACAGAUUUAUUUUGGCCGAUCGUUACCGGAGAAGUGAUGAAAACUAAGCACGUCAGAGAACUGGUAUGAAAUAAAUGAUUUAAUUUAUA